AGCUCAGCCAAAGGAUUUAUAAACACUUGAAACACUGGAUUUAUUUGCACAAAGGAUGCUGGUCACCUUUAAAACCAGUAGAGGAAGUACUGCACUUCUUCAAAUGGUACUCUAAGUUGGACAGGAGCAGGAGAGGAAAGAGAAAUCUGAACGCAGACUGCAGACACACUGUGUGUGUGUGUGCUCCAUUGGGUGUACCUGGUUAGAGAAACGGAGAGGAUGCUGCCGGUAGAGGAGCUCACCGCUGGCCCCAUGGUGGCUGAUAGAGCGUCAGAAGUCACUGCUGUCCUGCUUCUUCUGCUGCUGUUGUUGCUGCUUUUCACCACCUGGAGACAAAGAAAACAGUCACACAUACCAGGUCCUUUCUUCUUAGCAGGACUCGGUCCAAUUCUCUCCUACAGCAGAUUCAUCUGGUCUGGGAUUGGAACAGCGUGUAACUACUACAACAACAAAUAUGGGAGCAUUGUGCGGGUGUGGAUAAACGGAGAGGAGACCCUGAUUUUGAGCAGGUCCUCUGAAGUGUACCACGUUUUGAGGAGUGCCCACUACACCUCCAGAUUUGGCAGCAAAAAAGGACUCGAGUGCAUCGGCAUGUACGGAAAUGGUAUCAUUUUCAACAGUGAUGUCCUGCUUUGGAAAAAAGUGAGAACAUACUUUUCUAAAGCUCUGACUGGACCCGGCCUGCAGAGGACCGUAGGAAUCUGUGUGAGCUCCACAGCCAAACACCUGGACAACUUACAGGACAUGACUGACCCCUCUGGACAUGUAGAUGCUCUCAAUCUCCUGAGAGCCAUCGUGUUGGACAUCUCCAACCGGCUGUUCCUCAGAGUGCCGUUAAAUGAGAAAGACUUCUUGACGAAAAUUCACAACUACUUUGAUACCUGGCAAACAGUUCUAAUAAAACCAGAUAUAUUCUUCAAGGUUGGAUGGCUGUACAACAAGCAUAAAAGAGCAGCACAGGAGCUGCAAGAUGCAAUGGAGAGCCUGCUUGAAGUUAAGAAAAAGAUGAUUCAUGAAGCCGAGAAGCUGGACGACGAGCUCGACUUUGCAACAGAGCUCAUCUUCGCCCAGAACCACGGAGAGCUAUCAGCAGAUAACGUCAGGCAGUGUGUGCUAGAGAUGGUGAUCGCAGCCCCUGACACACUUUCCAUCAGCCUCUUCUUCAUGCUGAUGCUGCUGAAACAGAACCCGGACAUAGAGCUGCAGCUAGUGGAGGAGAUGAACACCAUCUUGAAUGAAAAAGACGUGGAAAAUAUCGAUUACCAAAGCCUGAAGGUGAUGGAGAGCUUCAUCAACGAGUCUUUGAGGUUUCAUCCUGUGGUCGAUUUCACAAUGAGGAAAGCUCUGGAGGACAACGACAUCGCAGGCACAAAAAUCAAGAAGGGCACCAACAUCAUUCUCAACACUGGCCUCAUGCACAAAACCGAAUUCUUCCCCAAACCUGAAGAGUUCAACCUCACGAACUUUGAAAAAACGGUACCCAAUCGUUACUUCCAGCCCUUUGGCUGCGGGCCUCGUUCCUGUGUGGGCAAACACAUCGCCAUGGUGAUGAUGAAGGCCAUCCUGGUCACUCUCCUGUCUCGGUACACUGUGUGUCCUCAUCAAGGCUGCACACUCAGCAGCAUCAAGCAGACCAACAACCUGUCACAGCAGCCGGUGGAAGACGAGCACAGCCUGGCCAUGCGCUUCAUCCCACGAACGAAAUAACCCCACGACAACAAGCUGCGAAACAUAACAGCGCUUUUUACACUUCAGAUGAAAGCAUCUUGAAAUGGGUGUAAAGGCCUUAAUGAAGUCCUGUACUAGGAAAUACUAACAAUAAAUUUGUAUUAACAGCACAUGUACGCCAAAUUCAACUUUACUAAUCUUUAAAAAAAUACACUUGUUAAGUAGAGUUUUCCGAUUCAUGUUUUGACAAUGUACACAGCUCAUACUUUUAAUAAAGAUCCAUUUGCAAUGAC